AACCCAGGCCCAUUCUGCGGCCUCCUCCGCCUUCCUCCCGACACCAACAAAAGCGAAGCCAGGACGAGCCAGAGAACCCCUCUCUAAACCCUAGAACACACCCCGGCAUCCCCGCCGCCCGCAGCCGCCGACCCCGCAGGGAAUCCGACCCUCCGCCAUGCCGAAAUCCAAGCGCAAUCGCCCAGUCACCUUAUCAAAGACCAAGAAGAAGCCUGGUCAAGAACGCAAGGGCAGGGUGGUGACCGAAAUAAAAGAUGCUGCUGAGAACUACAGCAGUGCCUAUGUCUUCACCUACAAUAACAUGAGGAAUCAGAAGCUCAAGGACCUAAGGGACCAGCUCAAGUCCUCUAGCAGGAUAUUUCUUGCUGGAAAGAAGGUCAUGCAGAUAGCAUUAGGUCGUACAGCUGCCGAUGAAGUUAAAACAGGCAUGCGUAAGCUUUGCAAGUUCCUUCAAGGUUCUUCUGGGUUGUUGUUUACAAAUCUCCCAAGGGAUGAAGUCGAGAGCUUAUUCCGAGAUUUUGAGGAGCAUGACUUUGCAAGGACAGGAACCGUUGCAACUGAAACAGUAGAACUAAAGGAAGGCCCCUUGGAACAGUUUUCACAUGAAAUGGAACCCUUCCUACGCAAGCAAGGACUGCCAGUUCGCCUGAACAAAGGUGUUGUCGAAUUAGUUGCUGAUCACGUCGUAUGUGAAGAAGGGAAGCCCCUUUCACCCGAAGCAGCACACACCCUGCGCUUGCUUGGGACGCGGAUGGCGACAUUCCGGCUAUACCUCGUCUGCCGCUGGUCUCCGGAUGACUUUGAAGUGUACAAGGAAGGAUUGGAGCAGCUGGGAGCUGAUGAGGCGGCUGACGAGUCAUCUUAAAAAGGUUUUUUGUCGGAUGGCGUGCCGGGGUUUUCAGUGGGGUGCCUGUUGUCCUGAUGCGUUCAGACAGUUUUCCUCUAUGCCUUUGUACCCUCGAUUCAGUAGAAAUCUCAAAAUGUAUGAGUAUGAACUUACCCCAGUUGGGCAUUUCUCAAGUAGUGAAAGAGUUGAUGUUUCGUGCGUGCCA